AACAAUUAAAUAAAAAUGAUAAAUCCUCUCCCGUAGAUCAAGAUAUAAGAGCACAUGUAAAUUCAUGUGAAAUUACUACGUCGUCACCUCUUUAUUUACCUGAUGCCAUUAAUUUGGAAGAAUCACAUGGAAUAAUAUCAACUGAAACCAUUAGCUUAAAAGACUCUCAUGAAUCAUCACCUGAUAUAUCAAAAUUGAACCUUUUAACACAGAAAAAUA